AUGAUUGUAGGCUCAUCUACGGUAUACCCGUUUGCUACCGUGGUAGCGGAGAAUUUCGGCAAGUCAACCAGUUUUAAAACCCCGAUUAUAGAAUCCACCGGCUCCGGUGGCGGCAUGAAGCUGUUCUGCGCAGGUGUCGGUGAGCAACACCCUGAUAUCACAAAUGCGUCACGCCGUAUCAAGAGCUCCGAGUUCGAAAAGUGCCAGGCGAAUGGUGUGAAAGACGUGAUUGAAGUCAAGGUUGGUUACGACGGAAUCGUUUUGGGAAGCUCGAAAGAAGCGCCGCAACUGGAGCUGGGCGUCAAGGAUAUCUUUCUUGCACUGGCGAAAGAAGUACCGAAUCCUGACGGUAGUGAGACCCUGGUAGCCAACCCCUACAUGACAUGGGCUGACGUAAAUGCUGCGCUGCCGGCAACCAAAAUCGAGGUUUUGGGCCCACCCCCAACUUCCGGUACACGAGAUGCGUUCGCCGAGCUGGCGCUGGAAGGUGGUUGCAAGAAGGUCGAUUUUAUCAAAGCAAUGAAUAAGACAGAUAAAAACACUCACAAGCGGAUUUGUCAUACCGUCCGUGAGGAUGGUGCCUACAUUGAAGCGGGUGAGAACGAUAACCUGAUCAUCCAGAAGUUGCGGGAGAAUCCAAAGGCGCUCGGCGUGUUUGGCUUCAGCUUCCUGGACCAGAAUGAAGAUGUUAUUCAGGGCGCAAUCAUUGAAGGUGUGGCACCUGAAUUCGAACUGAUCGCCGACGGCUCGUACCCUGUCUCACGUCCUCUCUACAUUUAUGCCAAGGCAGCUCACAUUGGUGUUAUCGCUGGUGUCGAGGAAUUCUUGCAGGCAUUUACCGACGAAACUACUUUCGGCGAAGAUGGUUAUCUGGCCGAUAAAGGACUGAUCCCGAUGCCGGAUGCCGAGCGCAAAGAGUUUCGCAGCAAUGUCAUCAACAAGACCUCGCUGACGAUGUAA